AUGAUGGUCAUGAAGUUCUCUGUCGUGUCUCCUGUCGUAAUACAGGAUCUCCAAGAAGACCACACUAGUGUUCUUCUCAAGGUAUCUGACCCUGUCAUCGAUGGCUAUCAUACAACUGUCAAGGCUGAGUCCACAAUCACAACCUUGUCCAAGUCGCAGAAUAAACACAGCCAUCUCUACACCAAGGCAAUGCCUUUCAAUAAGGAACUCACCAAGGAAAUCAAGGCUGGUACUACCAACUCCCGUGACAAUGUCAUCAAUGCAAGGAAGAUCUGGUGUUUCAGUCCCGAUACCACUGGCCCCAACUUGCUCGUUGAUGUUACCAAUGGUGUGCAGUACCUUAACAAAAUCAAGGACUCUACCUUCCAGUGGGCAACCAAGGAAGGUGUCUGUGCUGAGGAGAACAUGCGUGGUAUCUGUUUCAAUGCCCUUGAUCUGCACGCUGAUGCUAUCCAUCAUGGCGGUGGACAAAUCAUUCCUACGUGCCAUCAUGUCUGCUAUGCUGCAUGUUCGCUUGCUACCCCUGGUCCCCAGGAGCUGGUGUAUCUUGGUACAUCCUGGUCACCUCGUAAUUUUACAGGAAUGCCCAUGUUCACCAUCAAGGUGUACCUCUUUGUCAUAGAGUCCUUCAGCUUCAACAGUGAUCUCCGCUUGCAGACAGCUGGUCAAGCCUUCCCCCAGAGUGCGUUUGACCACUAG